AUGCUCAUUUCGCUAGCUGCUACGACAACGAAGAGGUGUCAAAAUAAACUUUUGUAUUCCCUUUUUGUAAAUAACAGUACAAAGCAAAGCUUGUUAAAGAAAGGUUCCCUCGGACAAGGCAGAAAAAAUUCAUCACCUUGUGCGAGAUCCUUCUGCACUAAAAUGGAAGACCCCACAGAGUUCAUAGCUGUGUAUGUUACUGCCCCUGGAAGCGAUGUCGCAGAAAAGGUGGGUCCUGCACGAGGCAGUGCUACUAAUAGGGGGAAAAAAACAGCACAGAUAAAGAUGAAAGAGAAUAGAAAUGAGAAAAUUUCAAAUGUGAUGCUUGAAGAUCAGCUAGCCAGCUGCGUGAACAUCAUCCCAGGCGUCCUCAGUUUAUAUCACUGGAAGGGCGAGAUAGCUCGUGAUAACGAAGUCCUGAUGAUGAUCAAAACGAGGAAGAAUUUAUUCGCCAAAAUUGUGGACGCGGUGAAAGCAAACCAUCCGUACGAAGUGCCAGAGGUCAUUUCCGUCCCAAUACAACAAGGCAGCAAGGACUACUUAGAUUGGAUAACCAAAUCGGUCAAAUCGCCCUCCGAGGGGGACAAGAAAAAUACCUAG